GCCCAGGAGCGGAGCAGUCACCCCUGCCCUCUGCCCGUCUGCCGGUCGGCCCGCUCCCGAUUCCCCUGCCGGAAGCCUAGGCGGCGGCGCGGUGCGGCGCGGCGCGCGUCACAGGUUCACAGCGGCCGGCGGCGAGGGCGUGAGGCGGCGACCGUCGGCGGGGCGGCGCGGCGCGCGUCACAGGCUCACAGCGGCCGGCGGCGAGGGCGUGAGGCGGCGACCGUCGGCGGGGCGGCGAGGCACCAAGCAGGCCAGUAGCGAGGGCACGAGCUGCAGCGUGCGGGCAGUGGCCAGCGCGCAGACGGCGAGGGCGCGAGCUGCGGGCAUCCAGCAGCCCUGCCAGCAGCGCCGCAGCGGCGGUCCGGCAGCCGGCAGGCUGCAGGCGCGACUCCAGCCCCUGUCUAGAGUAAGGGGCAAGCCGGCAAGCCCUUAAGCAUCAAGGCGUGGAGCAGAGAUCCAUCCGGACUCUGGAUUGGUUCCUUUUGCAGAGAAGGUUCCAGGUGGCAAACUCCACUUUGGAGAUGGUUCAGCUCUUUUUGUGUGUGCCGACAGAAGGUGGCAGUGUUAAUACAGUUGCGGUGGAGGCGAGGAAAUCUCUUCUUAACAAUGUUGAAUCCAUAAUCAAGUCAAUUAUCAAGUCAGCAGGCAGGUAUGAAGCUCGGUUGUGGCUGUGCAGCACUGUCUCGUCAGUCCAUUCCCUCAGUCGCCAUGACCAGCGGAACCUAUUUCUCGAUCUCUUAGAAAUGAAGAAUUCCAGGAGAGAUGUUGCUGCCCGCUUGCUGCGUAUGAUUUUCGAUAAGAAGCCCAAAAUGGCCGGGUCUAUUCUAGCAAAAAAAGGCCAUAUACUGGAGGAGUUCUUCCGAGGAAACCCAAAGCGGAUAAUGCAGUGGUUUGGUCAUUUUGCUGUUACUGGUGAAUCCACACAUAAGAAAGGUGCAAAGGCACUUUCUCAGUUUGCAUUCGUAAAUCGUGACAUGUGCUGGGAAGAACUUGAGUGGAAAGGAAAGCACAGGCAGUCUCCUGCUGUUGUUGCUACUAAGCCUCACUAUUUUCGUGAUCUUGAUGUUCUCCAAACAGUGGAAAAUUUCUUGGAGUAUGUCCCUGACUUCUGGUCUUCGGAUGAGCUUGCUGAUUCUAUUAAAGAUGGUGAAAUACUGCAAAUUGAUGCAGGAUAUUUUGUAGAUCAAUUUUUGUACUUGAUGUACGAAGACAAUUCCAAAGAUGCAUGGUGUGUGGUUGAAGAUUUUUUGAUUGAUGAGCAGUUUUCCUCUCUUUCCCAACAUCUUCUUAUUCAUCUGGAUGAGCAAAGGCUUCUUGAUUUCUUAAAAUCGCUAGGCAAGCUCAUUAGUCCUACUUCGCAAUGCAAGGAAUUGUCAUUCCCAUGCUGUUGGCUUGAGGUUCUUUUGUCAGGACAUUGUGAUCGCAUAUCUCUUGAUGAUCUUGUCUUAUUGAACUGUGUCAUUGCCAAGGGUAGACAACUUUGGCGGCUCAUGAAUGACGAAGAACAGCUGGAAGAACAGGAACAAAUGGAAGAGAUCCUGAAGGGCAUAAAUCAUUUGACUGUUGCUGAUCAUUUUGCUCUCAUGAAGGAAAUGGUGGAGAGAGAAUUACCUGACGCACUUAAGUGGAUAGGCAUUCAGUCCUGGGUCAUCUUCUGUGUUUUGUCUAAAGAAUGCAGGUCAGGAGAUUCUUGUGAAUCUUUGUUCUGUCAUAACAAAAUAGAGUUCCGCAAGGUUGAGGAUUACACGUUAGUUCAAAAUGAUGGGUGCUCAAUUAAACAUUUACCGGAUACUGAUGAUGUGGAUCUUGCUGGAAGUAGUCAGAAAAGGAGAAAGAGGAAUAGGAGGACAAAGCGGCAUAGAUAUGAUUCUGAUGAUGACAAGCUUGAUGAACUGCUUGAACUUGGAUCUUCCAAUGGAAAGAACUAUGUUGAAUCACGAGGAAGCUGGCACCUUUCAACUGAUGGUUUCUCAGCUUCUUGGGACAUUGCAGACAUACCGGAUCACCUUUCUACAUACUAUUUGAAGAUAUGGGUAAAGUGGGCUUGCUUUAGAUGAUCUCAUCACAGCAUGUGUAGUGUGGCAAUCCUGCUACAUUUCAGGCAACAUCUUGGGCAUGGAGCCUGUAUAUGCAGGCAUAUUUCUAUAUCAAAUCUGCAAUAUUUUGGUGAUGAAUAUGAGGAUUCUUGCAUUUAGGGAUUUCCGAAUGCUGCAUGAGAUCCAGUAGCAACUAUCUUUAGAAGCUUGCUGUAGGUCGACAACAAAGGAAGAUUUUUGGCUGCAUAGACAAUGAAUGGUCCAGUCAUUCAUUUGGAUUUUGGAGGUGGUUACUGACAUUACAGAUAUUGAAACAAAGAUAGUCUGUAUUUGUACUGUACAGUGCUCGCGACUUCCAAUAAAAUUGCAACUACACCUUCUAUACAUGGAAAUGUGCAAGAUUGUUGCUGUGCAUUGAUCACCUACUGAGAUUAUUACAUGCUUACAGCCAUGAACUGUAUUAGGUUCUUCAGUAUAAGCUGGGAGUCUGCAUCGCUUGCAUUCCUAGGAAUUUUGGCAUUUUUUUCUUCUUCUGGUACCCCUGUAUUAUCAUAGACAUGGCAGGCGUUAAACUAUUCGUUAUAUUUUGACAGCGAGGACAUAAAUACGACAAUAUAGUUCUGAGUUUCAUCUCUCA